AUGGAAUCUGAAUUCCCACUGGAAUUACAAUCCGAAACAUUCAAAGUCCUAAGUUCCAACGAUGACACCGCCAUGGAAACUCUCUUCACAAACCUCUACAACAAUAACAAUCAACAUCACCAAAAUCAAAACCGAUCUAAAUCACUCACAUUUCUCCAAUGUUGUAAACACCAUCACCCUGAUCUUCUCAUGAUCAAACUUUUUUACCUUCUAACUUCUUCCCCACAAAUCCCCACGCGCACAAACGCCGCACGCGCUCUUAAUUUCAUCAACCCGGCCCAUCUCUGGCCCAAACUUCGCCCUCAGGCCCAAUCUCGUCUCCAGGCCCAUUUCAUAAAAUAUCUUACGUCAGAAACUUCAAUUCAAGUCCUUCGACUUGCGUCACUAAUUCUCUCACAAACGAUUUCCGUUAUUUAUCAAAAUCAAAAUCAUCAUCAACAUUGGAAAGAAAUUCUCGAUUUUCUUUUCUCUUCCGUUAAUUCUAACGACGAGAAGCUUCUAGAAUUUUCUCUUUUAGUCUUCGCUUCACUUUCACAAGAUUGCCGUUUAAAUUUAUCAAAAUAUCUAAACGACGCCGUUAAAGUUCUUCAUUCAUCGUUUUUAUCUUCACUUGCGAAUUCAACAAACCCUAACGUUCAAGUUGCGUCGUUUGGUGCAGUUGUGAAUUUGAUUCAAUUUUUUUCUGAACCUUCGCUUUUUCACGAACUUUUAAGAGCGAUGAUGGUUGCUGUGUUUUCAUUGUUGCAUGGUUACGAAAAAAGCUAUUUCAAAACCGCGUUUGGUGAAUUGAUUAAGCUUGUUUCUGCUGAACCUGGUUUGUUGAAGCCUUAUAUGAGUGAUAUGGUUCUUGAUUCUCUUCAGAUCGCCGAGAAUAAUGGUGUUAGCGAUGAAACACGUCGGUUGGCUUUUGAAUUGGUUAUGGCGAUGACGGAGUUGAAGGAAUGUGAUCAGAUGAUGAUGAAUUUGCCCUAUGAGACGGUUGUUAGGUUAUUUAUUGUUCCGGUGAAGACGUUGGUUUUGUCGGUUGAAGAUAAAUUCGAUAAAGAAGAGAAAGGAAAAGGUGUUACAGAUGGUGAGAAUGAAAAGGUUGUUGAUGAUGAUGAUGAUGUGUAUGAAUUUGGAAUAAAGUGUUUGAAGAAACUUUGUGUUUCAUUUGAAGAGAGAAAAGUUGUGGAUGUUUGUUAUGAAUUGUUGAUGAAACAUUACUUGGAUUCAGCAGAUUGGAAAAUGAGACAUGCAGGGAUUACAUUGCUUACUGUGAUUGCUAAAGAGAUCUCUGAUGAAAUGGUAUUGAUGGAAAAUUUUCUAGGUGAAAUAGUAACCAAAAUUUUGAAGCUAUUCCAAGACUCCCAUGUUCAAGUUCGGUUGGCAGCUUUUACUUUGAUGGAGAUGCCUAUAAACUUUGUCCAAGCUGCUCAAAUUCUUUAUCAUCAUAGGUUUGUGCAUGCUUUUACCAUUGCACUUGGUAGUGAUCAGGACAAUAAAGUGAAGGAACAAGUUGCCUCAGCAAUGUUAUUCUUUCUAAAGAAUACUCUUCCAGAUAGCCUAGCAUUAUUCCCGAAUGUGGAUACUUUAAUGAACAAAUUGUUAUCAAUGAUUAAGGAUAAAGGAAAUGCUAAGCAAAGAAGUAUUGCUUUGUCAACUUUUAAUUUAGUUGCACAACGAUGUCAUGAAGUAGUUCACAAGUAUUUUGCAAAUUACCUUCUGAUCUUACUGGAAGCAUGCAGUGACAGAAGUUCUGAAAUCAAAGAGGAGGCAGCAAGGGGAAUUCGAAUUUGUGCCGAGUUGGGAUCACCAAGUUUCAAGCCUUUUAUCAAUAUGAUAUUGUCGGAACUCAGCAAUUUAAUGAAAGAUCCCAGUCGAUCAAUUUCAGAGAAUGCAAAAGCAUGUGAUGUUGCAGUUUCUGCUAUAGGAAGAAUUUGUGAAUGCCAUCGUGAUAGCAUCGAUCGCUCUUUGAUUGUUCCUGUCUGGUUAAGUUUCUUGCCACUUAAAGAUGAUUUGGUUGAAGCCAAAAUAAUGCAUGAUCAACUAUGUUUGAUGGUUGGAAGGUUAGAUAAGGAUCUUUUAGGACCUGGAAAUCAAAACCUUGUUAAGAUUAUAACAGUGUUUCUUGAAGUUAUUGAGAAGGGUGACAAAUUGGCUACAACACAAACAAUCAACCAUAUUAAUAAUUUGCUGAGACAGUUUGGUCAGAACAUUCCUCCUAGUGUGUUUGAGACGAUCUUACUGUCGUUGAAUCCUCAACAACGAGAAUUAUUAUUGCCAUUUGUAUCAUCAUUCUAG